AUGGGGUUUCUGGGCCUCGGCGAACCCCUCAGCUGGAACGAGUCCUUGCCCUACAUUGCGGCCAUCAAGCGCCGCGGAGUUCGGCAGUUUUUGCUGCUCUUCAAACAGUUCAAAGAUUUCCAAGCCACCCAAAAGUGGGGAGACGAACUCGAAAUAUUUAUUGUGCAAGUCGACGAGGAAAGCAAACGCAUCCGCUUGGCGCCGGAGGCGCAGUGGUGCAUAGAGGUGCUGCGGGCGAAGGAGCAGCGGAGUGCUGCAGCGCAUGCAGCAGCAAAUAAGAACUUCGAAGCAGCUUUGUGGCAGCCCGAAUAUGCAGCUUUUAUGCUCGAGGCCCUUCCGGGGGCCCCCCUGCCCUGGGGGCCCCCCAGCUGGGCCCGCGUCGAGCCUUCCAUCCGCAGCCGCAGACGCAAACUCCUCUCGUGGCUAGGCCCUCGUCUUUCUCCUCUAUUUCUUCCUUCUUUUCCUUUGCUGGGAGUUGAGGAGCCAGCAGCAGCAGAAGCCCCAGCAGCAGCAGCAGCAGCAGCGGGGGGGGCUUCGCCCCAGCAGCAGCAGCAGCAGCAGCAGCAGCAGCAGGGAAGUCCCCCGAACCCGCUGAGCCGAAGCCUCUUUCUAGCGGAUACUGUUAUAAACCCCCAUCCUCGCUUCGGGACUUUAACAGCAAACAUCAGAAUGCGUCGCGGCAGCAAAGUGGAGGCGCUGGUGCCGCUGUACAUGGACCGGAACACUCCGAGCGUUCCUUCUGGCGAGUUAAAUGGAAAAGAAAGUUUAAUUAAAAAGAUAAAAGGCGGAGAAAGUGGAGAAACGCGGAAGCAAAUCGAAGACGCGCUGGUGGAGCUGCGGCUGGGCGGGCGCAGCUGCGUGCUGUGCAGAAACCCCGAGGGGCCCUCCGAAGACCCCCACUUGCGGAAACAAACAGAUCUUUGCAUUUAUAUGGACGCAAUGUGUUUUGGAAUGGGAAUGAAUUGCGUUCAAGCGACGUUUUCGCCCAAGAACUUGGCUGCUGCGCGUUACCUGUACGACCAGCUGAUCGUGCUGGCGCCGCUGCUGCUGUCGAUCACCGCAGCCACGCCGUUCCUCCGCGGCUGCGUCGCUGCCACUGACACCCGCUGGGACACCAUCAGCAUGUCCGUCGACAGCAGAAAGCCAGAAGAAAAGCAAAAAAUAACCAAGUCCAGAUAUUCCUCCAACUCCCUCUACAUCAGCGACAGCCCAGCCCUCACGGAGAGACUGGAGGAGCUGAACGACGUGGAGGUGAGUGUAAACGAAAAGGCGUUUGAGGCGCUGGUGAAGUCCGGGGUGGACGCGGUGCUGGCGCGGCACAUCGCGUUUCUGUUUGUGCACGACCCGCUGGUGAUCUUCAAAGAUCGGCUUUUGCAAAAAGGAAAAACUGAAGAAGAAAUAAUUGCAGAAGGAGAUUUGGAUUGGACUUUGGAAGAAGCAGCAGCAUUUGAAAGUCCGGAGGACUUUGAAAACUUGCAAAGCACCAACUGGAACGGCGUGCGCUUCAAGCCGCCGCCGCAGUUUCUGAACACCGCGGAAAGCAGCCCCAAACUCCACUUCAAACCCUCCAAAGACUCCAAAUUCGAAAAGAAAACCAAAAAUGGUUCCGAAAAUCAUUUUUGUUUCCAAAAUUCCGACAAAAACCCCCAAAGUUCCGACAAAAACUCCCGAAAUUCAACUGCAGUUCAACCCCAAGACCUCAUCGGAUGGAGAGUCGAAAUGCGAACUCCCGAAAUUCAAAUCACCGACUUCGAAAACGCCGCAUGCAUCAUUUUGAUUGCAGCUCUUGUCCACCUGAUUGAGGAGGAGGGCAUUGAGCUGUACAUCCCGAUGAGCCUGAACGACAAAAACAUGGCAGCAGCAGCAAAGUUGAAUUCAGUUUUGAAUCAGAAGUUUUAUUUUCGAAAAGAAGUGGAGAAGAAUUCCAGAGACAAGUCUGUUGCGGAGCUGUCUGUACACUCCAUUCUCUUCGGGGAGCAGCAGCAGCAGGGCGACCCGCCGAGGGGCCCCGCGCUGCUGGAGCGGUGCCGUUUGCUGCUGCUGCAGCAGCGCAGCAGCAGCAGCUGCUCUGCUGCUGCUUUCGAAAGCUUCAUGGAAAUGUACAACUUUAUUUACCUCCGAACUUCCGGCAUUCUCCCCACAGAUGCUGCUUUCUUGAGAGCUUGUCUUGCUGCUCAUCCGGACUACAAGGGGGACUCUGCUGUUGCUGCUGCUGCUGCUUUCGACAUUUGCAAGUUGGCCAUGAAGAUCGGCAGCGGCGAGCUGGAGGUCCCGGAGCUGCUGGGCCCCUUCGCCCGCCGCAGCAGCAGCAGCAGCUGCUGCUGCUGCUGCAGCGGCGGCGACCUCUGCUGCUGCUGCGCCGCCGCCGCCCACGGCAGCGCCGCCGCCGCCGCCGCCCGCCAGCGCAGCUGCAGCUGCAGCAGCAGCAGCAGACCCAGCUUCGUGAAGUCGCAGCCGCUGAUGGGGCCGCUGCUGCUGCAGCAGCAGCAGCAGCAGCAGCAAAGCCACGCGCGGAAGGUGAACCCGGAAGCCAUUCUGCACGGGCGCGGCCGCGUUGCUGCUGCGCUGCAGCACAGCGCGAUUCAGCAGAAGCUGCGGACUUACAUGGGACUUGAAAGUUCCCAAAAGUCCUCAAAUGCAAAAACAAAUGCAAAAACAAAUAAACAUAAAUGCUGCUUCCAACAAAUCCUCCAAAAAGAAAUCCAAAAACAAAUGCAGCAAACGCCGCCGCAGGAACUCGUGCGCACCGACUGA